AUGAGUGCCAGCAUUUUAGAUUCCUGCAGUUUCACGCAUCAGUUCAAACUCAACUAUUUGGAGACGGAGAACGUCGCCAUCGGGCACCCAGUCAGCUCCGAGGACAUCUCCGCUGGUGGGCACCUCUGGAGGAUCAGCUGCUACCCGCGUGGGUGCAGGGAACAGGAAAAGGUUGAGCAGGAGGACGAACUCCUCGAGUUGCCGCCCUCAGACAUUGGCAGCCAUCUCGGUCUCCUGCUGGAUUGCAUGAACGGCUCUGAUGUCUCGUUCAUCGUCGACGGUGAGAAGUUCCCUGCUCACCGGGCUGUUCUUGCCGCCCGCUCGCUGGUCUUCAAGGCGCAGCUCCUGGGCUCCAUGGCGGAUGCCAAGAUGCCAUCCAUCACCUUGCAUGACAUCGCGCCGGCGACCUUCAAAGUCAUGCUCCGCUUCAUGUACACCGAUGCUUGUCCUGCGGAUUCUGAGCUUGGGAACUCUCCGGAUGAGAUGUUUCGGUGCUUGCUAGCUGCAGCGGACCGGUUCCCGUUGGAUCGCUUCAAGAUUUUGUGUGCUGUAAAGCUGUGGGAUAAUAUAUCAGCGGACACAGUGGUUGCCACUUUGAUCUGUGCUGAAACAUACAACUGCCCACAGCUGAAAAAGAAGUGCAUUGACUUCAUUGCGGAGGAAAAGAACUUCAAGAAGGUUGUGUUGACAGAUGGUUUUGUUCAGCUGGCGCAACAAUUCCCAUCCAUUCUUGAUGAGCUGAGGGAGAAGGUUGGAGCAUAG